AUGUCUACAGUUGCCACUACUGCCCAGGCUGCUCCUGCCGCGGUCCCUACCCCGGCCAAGCCAGCUCAGCCGCCUCUCAAUCUUGUUGAAAGUUUCAUCUGUGGUGGUCUAGCCGGUGUCGGUGCUGUCAGUAUCUCCAAUGUUCCCGAAACUAUGAAAACACGCCUGCAGCUCCAGGGAGAGCUGCAGAAGCACGACCCUUCCGCGCCUCGAGUGUACAAGAACGUCGGUGAUGUGUUCAAGAAGACAUGGCAGCACGAAGGAAUCAGAGGCCUUCAAAGAGGUCUGAUGCCGGCUUAUGGAUACCAGAUUCUCCUCAAUGGUUCCCGUCUAGGUUUCUACGAGCCUUGCAGAAAGUUCUUCAACACAGCUAUCGGCAAGAAUCCCGAAGAUAGCGUAGCUGUCACUGCCAUUGCUGCUGGUGCUUUCACGGGCUGUAUCGGUGCUGCUCUCGGAUCUCCCCUUUUCCUCGUCAAAGCCCGUAUGCAGGCCUACUCUCCAGCGCUGCCCGUUGGUGCCCAGCACUACUACCCAAACUCUUUUGCCGCCCUCACUAGCAUCAUGAAGACCGAUGGGUUCUUUGGUCUUUGGAGAGGUGUCAGCACGGCCAUUUUGCGUACCGCCAUGGGCUCCUCCGUGCAAUUACCCUCAUACAACCUUUCCAAGAGCUACCUCGUGUCCAAUGCUGGUAUGGCGGCCGACAGUUUCUGGACCUUCCUUGCUGCGUCUUCCGUCUCUGGUGUUGUCGUCUGCCUUGCCAUGCAGCCUGCCGAUACUUAUAUGAUGACUCGUGAGCUGAUGACUGGUCCAGAAAACACUAUCAAGGACCCCAUCACGGGCAAGGUCCGUGGCGCUUUGUACACCAACCCUAUCGACUGCCUCUGGAAGACCUUCAAGGCUGAAGGUAUCCCUGGAUGGUACAAGGGUACCACCGCCCACUUCCUCCGUAUCACCCCCCACACCAUCUUUACUCUUGUCUUCAACGAGUUGAUCAUGGCCCAAUAUCAAAAGAUCCGAGCUGUCCCUGAGCCCAAGUUGGUGUAA